CCGCCGGGCGCUUCGGAUGCUGUGACUCAAGAAGACUCUGGGGCCUGUAUAUGGAAAUAGUGGGGUGCCGAGCCGAAGGAAACGCGUGUCCCUUCCGUCCCCCAGCCAUGCUUUUCCACGGCAUCUCCGGCGGCCACAUCCAAGGGAUCAUGGAGGAGAUGGAGAGGCGCUCCAAGACCGAGUCGCGGCUAGCCAAAGCCGGGCAGAUGAACGGACGCGAAGCGAACAUGCCCCCCCUGAGCCCGGAGAAGCCUGCCUUGUGCGCUGGGUGUGGAGGCAAGAUCUCCGACAGAUAUUACCUGCUGGCUGUGGACAAGCAGUGGCACCUCCGGUGUCUUAAGUGCUGUGAAUGUAAACUGGCUUUGGAGUCAGAACUCACGUGCUUCGCCAAGGACGGCAGCAUUUACUGCAAGGAGGACUAUUACAGAAGGUUCUCCGUGCAGAGGUGUGCCCGCUGCCACCUGGGCAUCUCGGCCUCGGAGAUGGUGAUGCGGGCCCGGGACUCGGUCUACCAUCUCAGCUGCUUCACCUGCACCACGUGCAACAAGACGCUGACGACGGGCGACCACUUCGGCAUGAAGGACAACGUGGUCUAUUGCCGGGCGCACUUCGAGAGCCUCCUGCAGGGCACCGAUCCCGCCGCCUACCCGCCCCCGCAGCUGAGCUACACCGAGCUGGCGGCCAAGGGCGGCGGCCUGGCGCUGCCUUACUUCAACGGCACCGGCACCGUCCAGAAAGGCCGGCCCAGGAAGAGGAAAAGCCCCGCCCUCGGCGUCGACCUGGUCACUUACAACUCAGGUUGUAAUGAAAACGAGACGGAUCAUCUGGACAGAGACCAGCAGCCUUACCCCCCAUCUCAGAAAACCAAGCGUAUGCGCACUUCUUUUAAACACCACCAGCUCCGUACCAUGAAGUCCUAUUUUGCCAUUAAUCACAACCCAGAUGCCAAGGACCUCAAACAACUUGCCCAGAAAACAGGCCUAACCAAGAGAGUUCUGCAGGGAGAACAAAUCUUGGGGCAUUACAGCCAAACAUCCCGACGUUUGAAAAUUCCCUAAAGUAUUAAAAGAAGGGGAAAGUUUGAUCGGAAAUCCACUGCAGUGAAGACAAAGACAAUAUUAGGUUAUGAUAAACCAUACAUUUAAAAAUUUAUUGAGCCAAAAAUAAUUUUAAAAAAUAGACUCAAUGUCAUUUCCUGAAUGUUAACACAUGUUAUUUGAUGAUGUCUAACUAAAAAUCCGAAGGCUGUGUAUGACAUCAGAGCAACCUGGCAGUACUACCCAGUCCUAUUUGAGAAGAUUCUUCCAUUUUUUAAAAGAACUCACAUUUGUCAAGCAAAAAUACCUGUAAAAUAAGAUCCAAAAACUGCAUUCAUUCCACUUGCUUGCCAAUGUGUAUUAGUCAUAUAUGUUCAAUGACAUUUUUGUAAAUUCAGAGGAGAGAAUUCUCACUCAUUCAAGAUAAUAGGGAUCAAGAUUAGUAUUAUUUGUUUCUGACUUAAAAAAAAAGCAAUCUGCAUGCACUUUUUCAUCUGUCACCUAGAGUGUACUUUUUCUGUAUGAUGCAUUUCGCUUUGAUGUUUCUUGUACAGUAGUUUCAUUAAUAAACAUUUUACUUGAUGCAAACCUAGUUAACACACACACAACUUAAUUUAAUUAUGUUGGCAAAAUGAUGCAUCCCCCAUCAAUGUUUUAUAUAGCAAAUGAAAAGAAAGAGGUUGUUGCACAAUGUAAAGUGAAUUCCUUGGUAUUUUUUUCCUGCACUCUCCCUCCUCUUUUCCUUCAUUUCUUUUCUUGUGCACACUUGAUAAAGAUAAUGAAUGCCCAUCAAAAAUGAAAGGCAUGAUUCAACCAAACUUCAGCUUAAAUUCCCUCCACUGAAAUCAAUGGGGCACCAAAAUUAUCAACUGCCCAGUUUUUUAAAGCUAAAAUUUGGGCAGCAAAAAUCCAAAUUUAGGAUCCAGAAAAAUGUCCAGAAACCAAACAAGCACAACCUGCUUUGUGACUAUUGUAGUAGCCCUGGAGCUGGUGACCAAACACAAUGUUUUAGGUGCCAGUGCAGCUGGAUACUUUGGUUUUGCAUUCUUGCAAAAACACCUUAUUCAUGAUUUUGAAAGGCUUAAUCUGUACAGCACAAUACUAUUAAUGGUUUUAGCUUAAUGAUCCCUAAUACGUUUACAUACUCACUAUGCAAUGAGCAAAAUCAUUUAACAGUUUUUUAAAAAAAUAAUCUUUGAAGACCUGAUCUGUGCAUCAUCCAAUCCACAGCUGAAUUUCAGCUAUGAAGGAGAAAUGUGAUUACCACUUCAGACAUGAAGCCUUGUAAUUGUUAAAAAUCUUAUUUGUGGAAGAUUUUGAAGAAUUCUGUUCCUCUUUAAGCUGUAUAUCCAAAGCAUAUGUUAAUUUGUUUUAGGCUUGCCAAAAAAGAAAAAAAAAUCCCUUUUCAUUUAAAAUGAAAUUUUAUCAUAUACAAAUGAACCCUAUGUAAACAAUGUAACUUCUAUGAAUACGGACUAACAUUAAAAUAUUUCACUUAUGUGUA